UUGUUGCGUUUUGGCUCUAAAGCCUGGAGACCUCCGAAGUGCUCGUCAGUUUUCGAAGUAGGAGCCAUGGCGACAACAGCUCAGUAUAUUCCGAGGAAUAACUCCUUACCGUCUAACCCGCUCAUGCAUCCGGAUUCGGACAGGAUGCACCAGGGGACGACCUACAGAGAGGUACAGAAAAUGAUGCACCACGAGUACUUGCAAGGGCUUGCGGCGACCAACACGGGACACCCGAUGAGCCUGACGCACCAUCAGUGGCUGCCAACCUCCAACACAGACUGGUCCAGCGGCACCCACAUCGGACAGGAGCACAAAGCCAGCGUGCAGGCGAGCAGGGAGGACCUGAGCAACGGGUUCCACCACAGGUCUCACCUGGUGCACCAGCAGGCGCAGAGUGGCCACCAUGGUUCGUGGGCGCCUGCCACAACGCACCACUUAUCCCCGCUGUCCCCAGCAUCCAACGGCCACCAGUCACUUGUCUACUCACAGCCUGGAUACACAAACCUCAACGCAAUGUUGAGUCCCCAGCCCGGCACGCUGCACCAUGGCAUGCGGGACCCACUCCACGAUGAUUCGGCCAGCCACGACAACCAGAUGGAGUCGCCCCAGCAGGCUUUCAGCCACCACCAGGAUCACUCGGACGAGGACGCGCCCAGCUCCGACGACCUGGAGCAGUUUGCCAAGCAGUUCAAGCAGCGGCGGAUCAAACUGGGCUUUACGCAGGCGGACGUGGGGUUGGCCUUGGGCACCCUGUAUGGAAACGUCUUUUCUCAGACCACUAUCUGCAGGUUCGAGGCGCUGCAGCUCAGCUUCAAGAACAUGUGCAAACUUAAGCCGCUCCUUAACAAGUGGCUGGAGGAGACAGACUCAAACACGGGCAGUCCCACCAAUUUGGACAAGAUUGCUGCGCAGGGCAGGAAACGAAAGAAGAGGACCUCCAUCGAAGUGGCUGUGAAAGGGGCGCUGGAAAAUCAUUUCUUAAAAUGCCCAAAGCCAUCUGCUCAUGAAAUCAGCACUUUAGCCGGUACUCUGCAGUUGGAUAAAGAGGUUGUCCGUGUUUGGUUUUGCAACAGAAGACAAAAAGAGAAAAGAAUGACACCAGUGGGGGUCCCUCACCCGAAUAUGGAGGACGUAUAUUCCCAAGCAGAGACCCCUCCUCUACACCGCACACUACAGAGUCCUGUGCAGUGACUGUUUUCAUGAACAAUCCGAGCAUUUCCGCGGGGGGAUAGAAAAGGGAAAGGGGCUAUGGAGUUUACAGUAUUUAAGUUUGGCUUUUGUUUUCCUGAGAGAAAAGAGACGUGGAAAAGUUGAACAGAUCAGUUUUGCCUUUAGUAUUCGGAGAUUCGCGUGCUCAUCAAAUAGAUGGCAAGAGGAAAAAAAACGUUAAGAAAAAAAGAAUAAUAAAAAAGAAAAAAAAUAUUCGCUAUUACUGAUUCCGUGCGCAUUUAAAGUGAAACAAAGAUCUUUAUUUACCAAAAUUUUACAGAGGAGACAUGCAUAUAAAGUAAAUUUGAUAUCCAAUGGCUGCCCCAAAUAGGGGGUAAUUAAAUGUGGCAACUGAGUCCAUCUCCUCCUGGUGUACCAUGAACUGUAGGCGCUGACCCGAAUGAGGUUGUUGCCUGAAAAUGAUCAACACUGGAGAUGAAAAGCCUACACUGAAUGAACAUUUUGCUUUUUUCAGGCUUAAACUGGUUAUCUGAAUAUUAGUGUAUACUUUCUUUGUUAUAUUAAGUGUGAUGUUUUGGUUCGGGAAAUACUUUAACUUCAGUGUCUCUCUUUCUGCAAAGUGUCUAUGAUUUUGUUCAUUAUUUGCUAUGGGUACUGUAUCUCAUCAGAGCAACCGCUAAUUUCUUUAUUUUUUCUGUUUACUCAGUGGGAGUUGAUGGUUGGAGAAGUGAUGGAAAUUGUGGCACCCGAAAACACAACACUUACAAAUAACGCCAGACACGCUUUAGAAAUUGUGCAAGUGCAACAGGACAUCCAAGUUCUGACUGCAUGCCUUAAAAAAAUCGAGCUUUUUGCAUCUGACCACGCCGAAAUUUGCAAAAAGCACCAAAUUAGAAGCAAGCGUUUCUUUUCUUUUCUUUUCUUUUCUUUUCUUUUCUUUUCUUUUCUUUUCUUUUCUUUUUGGGGGCUUUGAUUGUUCUGAAAUUAUUGUUUUUGUUGCAUGGAGCACUUAUUCUUUCGUUAAUAUUAGUAAUGCUAUUUUAUGUUUUUAAUAAAAGUGUGAGUGUAGCUGAUCUCAUUAGGCUUAAACACAAAAGCCUAAAAAUCUCAUGUUUACAGGUUCCUGGUUAUCACCACAGAGCGCUGUCAGCCCACACUGCUUACUGCCUGUUAUCCUGUUGUAUCCCAAACAUUUUGAGAGAUUGGUCAAAUAUGAAAAGUUAUAAUAACUCAGGUAACUUCAGUGCCCCAUGUCGGAAUAUGACGCCUGUACAUGAUUUGUUUUCCUCUGAGUGUGUAUUUUAUUUUAUUUUAUUUUUUAAUAUAAUUCAGUUUUCUUUGUUUCACAUUGUCAUUGUAUUAUAAUUAAACGCUGGAAUCGGAGAAAAGAAAAUUACAAUUCAUUCAUUGAGGGUAAGCGAUGAAGGGAUUUACUUUAGAUAUAUUUAUUUUUUCCCGAUCUAUAAGGAAAUCUGAAAAUCUCAUGUGUCGUGUGUCAUAUCUCAGUGUUGGACCAGUCCAAAAGCCUACAGCAGUGCUAUUCAAUACAGAUGAGGGAAACUUUUUUUCCAGGAAAAAAAAUAAUGAUAAUAAUAAAGAUUUUAGAGAAAAUGUUGCCAGGAUUAUUUCCGAUAUGUAAAUAUGUCUAAUAUGUAAACUUGUAUUUGUUCUGAGAUAUUGUUUUGUUUUUUGUUUUUUCGUUUUUGUUUCUUUCCGGGCAGUUUUGUACACUUACUAAUUCCAAGAAGAUAUUUUAAUAUGAUUUCAUUUAUGAAUCUGACCAUUUAUAUAUAUAUAUAUUUAUUUCUUAAAAGUGUUUGGAGCUUUUUUGUUCAGCUCUGUUAAUGGUUACGUUGCAGUGGACUUCAGUAUGUUUUUUUCCUUUUUGUUUACUACAUUGGUUGUAUGUUGAUUGCUAAAUGUAGACUGCAAAGUCACAUUUAUAUUUAUGUUAUAGUAAUAUUUUAUUACUUACAUAAAACAUAUAUACAAGAAAUGGUCUUCUGUCUUCAUUAAAAUCCAAACUACUCGUCUUUUGUUGAUGUCUGCUACAGAACCACCAGGCAAGAAAAAAAUAAACCUGAUCAUCAAGUUGAAUGCUUUUCACUGUGCUGAGCAUCGGAAGAAGUGAGCACCCCAUGUGUUCAUUUUAAAUAGCAGUGAUUCGUUAUGUAACAGGGGAUCGUUUAAAAUCAGAAGCUGUGUACAUGUGCUGUUAAGGGGAAUAGACAACAGUAUUUUACCUCAGGCAUUCCCUGCUAAGUUCACAGUCUGUGACGUUGUUCACAUCUUUGUGUAAACGCAGUAUUAAAUUGUGCAAUAUAAA